AUGUCCACAAUCCAAAAUCUGCCAGCGCUUGUUUGCAAACAAUUCAAAGCUGCUCAAGCGUCUGGAGAUAUAACGUUCUUCGAAACGCGGGUCUCAAUCCUCCAUUGCGAAGGCCUUCCAUUCCAACUUCGUUUCUCCCCAGCUCUUGCCAACAAGCCCAAGUCCAACAAACUCUCGGACUCCAAGUCAAUUGACCCCUUUGAGAACCCUCCCAAAGGCCUCUUCGUAACAGACCUAUCUCCGUCCCACUUCCUCGUCCUCAACAAAUUCCCCGUAAUUCCGAAUCACUUCAUUCUCGCUACGAAAACCUUUAAACAACAGACAGACCCACUAGAACAAGACGAUCUUGAAGCUGCAUACGCCUGCAUGAAGGCAUACAGGGAAAAUGGAGAAGAACUUUUUGGCUUCUUCAACAGCGGGGAAGCUUCGGGGGCGAGCCAGCCGCACCGGCAUAUUCAAUUCCUUCCCGUCGAGUCCAUGCGUAAUGGCAUACAGGAAGGCGGCAAUUGGGAGGUAUUAGCUGAUAGGCUCAUAAAUACUCUCGAACCCGUCCUCCCGUUCGCGUACUUUGCCAACCCAUUGACCAAAGAUCCAACCCCGAAAGACCUGCACGACAUAUAUACGUCGUUACUUGAGCGGUGUGUAGCCGUUGCCAAGAGAUCAGACGACAUGAAUUCUGGCCUAUCUCCAGAGAAGAUGCCUUUCUCCUACAAUCUUUGCCUCACCAAUCAGGCCAUGGUACUAUGUCCACGACUGUCAGAAGGUUCGAAGAUAAAGGCCAAUAAUGGAGACCUUGUGGGUCCCAUUCUUCUCAAUGGCACCAUUCUUGGAGGCACUCUUUUAGUGAAAAGCGAGCAAGAAUGGGAUGCCUUUCGCAAUGACGAGGAGAAGUUGAAAGAUAUUCUCCUGGCAAUUGGUGUACCGCCAGCUACAGAUGCAAAAGGAGGGAAAUUAUAG